AUGGCUGCCGGGCUUUCACCUCAUCCGCAUGCCAUUCGUGCAACUCGAGUUCCUAUCACAGCAAACCAAACAGGCGGCCUAGCUAUGGGUCUCGGCCUGGGCCUAGCUGGUGGAAUGGCAGCCACCAUUACCUCAACUGUCUUCUCGACCAAGGCUGGAGCACCCUCCCCUUCUGCACAUCCUCCUGCUAUAGAUAGAGCUCCAGGAUUGCAUCACGUUGGAGGAGCUGAUGGACCU